AUGGCGAACAACAACCGGGUCGGAGAAAUCGAGGAAGAGGCGGCGGUGCCGUUGUUGCAGAAGACCUCCGAGUCCGACCCGAUUCCUCCGAGGACCCGAACCGUUACCACGAAGGUCCCGGAGGCUGAGGUGCACGUGUACAAGCAAGGGAAGGGCCCGAUCGACGUCAUCAAAACGGGCCUGGCCGGGUGGGAUCAGGACCAGCUCGAGGUGCGCGAGAUCCUGGACAAGUAUGGAUUUAAAUCGAUCUACGCUUUCACGCCCGGAUCGGGUCGGGGCGUGCCUAUCCGGUUCAACCCGAGGAAUGGCCGGUCGCUGCUCACUUACAGGGACGGCGCCGUUAUUUAUGUUGACGGCGAGCCCAAGGACUCAAUGCUGAAGCCCAUUACUAAGAUAUUACUAGGGGUAGCACUAAUAACCUUCAUGAUUGUUAUGGUUCUCAAAGAGACUCCAGAAUGGGCCAAAACGUUAAACUUCUCAGGUGGUCGCAUUCCUCCAUGGGUUUUAGCUUGUGCCGUUAUUCUUUUCACACGAAUGAGGAAGAGAACUAAGAAUUUUCUAGAAAAAUACCUUUGA